UUUUAACUAUGCUUGCUAAUGUCAAGUCUAAGAUCUGUUUUUGCUUUGUUUUGGACAUGUUUUGGUCUUUUCUUCCUUAAAGGGAAUUUGGGUUUUGGUUGGUUUUUGUUUUCUUGGGGUUGCUUGUUUGGUUGAUGGGAAAAUGUGGGAGCAAGAGCGGGAAAAUAUGAGGUUUUGGAUGAAGUGUAGUUUUUUAUUUGGGUUUUUAGAGGUACCAUUUUGGCUAUUUAGUGCUUUGUUGCUUGGAUUUUUUUUUCAAGGGAUUGAAUUUUAGAUUUGGUUUUGAGGUAUAGUAAUUUGUCUUUGUUUACUUCCUUUCUUCUUUGAUUUUCCGUGCGUAGAUUUGGUGUUAUGUGAGAUGUUUUUAGUGUUGUAAAAGAAAGUAAGGAUUUUUUUUUUUGUUUGGUUGCUAAGAAACUGUGGGAAACCCAGGAAAAGUUUUUCACGUGUCGUGCUUAGUGAAAACGAUUUGCUUAAAGUCCACUCCUUGUUGAUCUAAGGAUAAUUCUCUGGUGGUGCUAAAAAAUGGCAUCAAUGUCUUUUAAAGGGAGCCGGUCAUCGUUAUCAAUUUCCUCUGAUGCAGCAGAUUCACAUAAGCCUCCGAUACCUCCAACUGUGGGAUUUGGGCGGAGAACUUCCUCAGGUCGUUAUGUGAGCUAUUCCAGGGAUGAUCUCGAUAGUGAGCUUGGCAGUAGUGAUUUUAUGAACUAUACAGUGCAUAUACCACCCACCCCUGACAACCAACCCAUGGACCCUUCUAUUUCUCAGAAGGUUGAAGAGCAAUACGUGUCGAAUUCACUUUUUACCGGUGGAUUCAAUAGUGUUACACGGGCUCAUCUUAUGGACAAGGUGAUUGAGUCUGAAGCAAGCCAUCCUCAGAUGGCUGGUGCAAAAGGAUCUUCGUGUGCAGUUCCUGGGUGUGAUGCAAAGGUGAUGAGUGAUGAACGUGGUGUGGAUAUUCUCCCAUGCGAGUGUGAUUUCAAAAUUUGUAGGGAUUGUUACAUUGAUGCAGUGAAAACUGGGGGUGGAAUAUGCCCUGGAUGUAAGGAACCAUAUAAGAAUACAGAUCUGGAUGAAACAGCUGUGGAUAAUAAUUCCAGGCCACUUCCACUUCCUCCACCUGGUACAAUGUCCAAAAUGGAGAGGAGGUUGUCUUUAAUGAAGUCGACGAAGUCUGUGCUGAUGAGGAGUCAAACAGGAGAUUUUGAUCACAAUCGCUGGUUGUUUGAGACAAGAGGGACUUAUGGUUAUGGCAAUGCUAUAUGGCCAAAGGAUGGUAAUCUAGGAAAUGGAAAUGAUGAUGAAGUUGUUGAGCCAACAGAGUUGAUGAGCAAACCAUGGAGGCCACUUACUCGGAAAUUGAAAAUACCAGCAGCUGUUCUCAGCCCAUAUCGGCUUCUAAUUUUUUUGCGAGUUGUUGUCCUUGCAUUGUUUUUGGCUUGGAGGGUCAACCAUCCAAACAAUGAUGCGAUUUGGCUAUGGGGAAUGUCUGUGGUUUGUGAAAUUUGGUUUGCUUUUUCAUGGCUUCUUGACCAACUGCCCAAGCUCAGCCCAAUCAAUCGUGCUACAGACCUUAAUGUGUUGAAGGACAAAUUUGAAACACCAACCCCUAACAACCCUACUGGAAAAUCUGACCUUCCAGGCAUCGAUGUCUUUGUCUCUACUGCAGAUCCAGAAAAAGAACCACCUCUUGUCACAGCAAAUACUAUCUUGUCAAUUCUAGCUGCAGAUUUCCCUGUUGAAAAACUUGCUUGUUAUGUUUCUGAUGAUGGAGGAGCACUUUUAACCUUUGAGGCCAUGGCUGAAGCAGCGAGUUUUGCUAAUAUAUGGGUUCCAUUUUGCCGUAAACAUGAUAUUGAACCCAGGAAUCCAGAAUCUUACUUCAAUCUGAAGAGGGAUCCUUACAAGAAUAAAGUCAAACAAGAUUUUGUUAAGGACCGUCGACGAGUUAAACGUGAGUAUGAUGAAUUCAAGGUCCGGAUCAAUAGUUUGCCAGAUUCCAUCCGCCGUAGGUCUGAUGCCUAUCAUGCAAGGGAGGAAAUCAAGGCAAUGAAGCUUCAGAGACAGAACAGGGAAGAUGAACCUGUAGAGAGUGUGAAGAUACCAAAAGCGACGUGGAUGGCUGAUGGAACUCAUUGGCCUGGGACUUGGUUGAAUCCAGCAACUGAGCACUCUCGGGGUGAUCAUGCUGGUAUAAUACAGGUGAUGUUGAAACCUCCUAGUGAUGAACCAUUGCAUGGAACUGCUGAUGAUAGGCUUAUUGAUCUCACUGAUGUUGAUAUUCGUCUCCCAUUGCUUGUGUACGUUUCUCGUGAGAAGCGCCCAGGCUAUGAUCACAAUAAGAAGGCAGGUGCCAUGAAUGCCCUGGUUCGGGCAUCUGCAAUUAUGUCCAAUGGCCCAUUCAUUCUGAACCUUGACUGCGAUCACUAUAUCUACAACUCCCAGGCAAUGAGGGAAGGCAUGUGCUUCAUGAUGGAUCGAGGAGGUGACCGCAUUUGUUAUGUCCAGUUCCCUCAGAGGUUUGAGGGGAUUGACCCUUCCGAUCGAUAUGCCAAUCACAAUACUGUUUUCUUUGAUGUGAAUAUGCGAGCCCUUGAUGGCCUUAUGGGCCCUGUCUAUGUCGGAACUGGAUGCCUCUUUCGAAGGAUUGCCCUUUAUGGCUUUGACCCACCUCGAUCAAAAGAACACCAUCCUGGUUGCUGCAGUUGCUGCUUUUUUGGUCGUAACAAGAAGCAUUCCUCAAUGGCACACACCUCCGAGGAAAAUCAUGCUCUGAGAAUGGGUGAUUCUGAUGAUGAGGAGAUGAACCUCUCCCUGCUUCCUAAGAGGUUUGGGAAUUCAAUGUUUCUCAUUGAUUCAAUUCCAGUGGCAGAGUUUCAAGGUCGUCCCCUCGCAGAUCAUCCAGCCGUGAAGAAUGGGCGCCCACCUGGUGCUCUCACCAUUCCUCGUGAACUUCUUGAUGCCUCAACUGUUGCAGAGGCAAUCAGUGUCAUUUCAUGCUGGUAUGAGGACAAGACUGAGUGGGGAAACCGUGUUGGGUGGAUUUAUGGGUCCGUUACUGAAGAUGUGGUCACGGGAUAUAGGAUGCACAACAGAGGAUGGAAAUCAGUUUAUUGUGUGACCAAGCGAGAUGCUUUCCGUGGAACUGCUCCGAUCAAUCUCACUGAUAGGCUUCACCAAGUCCUGCGAUGGGCUACUGGUUCUGUUGAGAUUUUCUUUUCCCGUAACAAUGCUCUCCUUGCCAGUCCAAGAAUGAAGUUGCUGCAGAGGAUUGCAUAUCUUAAUGUUGGAAUCUAUCCCUUCACCUCCAUUUUCCUGAUUGUCUACUGUUUCCUCCCUGCACUUUCGCUGUUCUCUGGCCAGUUCAUUGUCCAGACCCUCAAUGUGACAUUCCUGACUUACCUCCUCAUCAUCACAGUGACUCUUUGUUUGCUAGCAGUGCUAGAAAUUAAGUGGUCUGGCAUUGCGUUAGAAGAAUGGUGGAGAAAUGAGCAGUUUUGGUUGAUUGGGGGAACAAGUGCACAUCUUGCUGCGGUGCUUCAGGGCUUGUUGAAAGUGAUUGCCGGAAUUGAGAUUUCUUUCACCUUAACAUCAAAAUCAGGGGGAGAUGAUGUGGAUGAUGAGUUUGCUGAUCUCUACAUUGUCAAAUGGACUUCCUUGUUUAUACCUCCAAUCACGAUCAUGAUGAUCAACUUAAUAGCAAUAGCAGUUGGGUUUAGCCGAACAAUUUACAGUGUUAUUCCGCAGUGGAGUCGUCUACUAGGUGGAGUCUUCUUCAGUUUCUGGGUUUUGGCUCAUCUCUAUCCUUUUGCCAAAGGGCUUAUGGGAAGAAGAGGGAGGACACCUACCAUUGUUUUUGUGUGGUCAGGUCUUAUUGCCAUCACCAUAUCCCUCCUUUGGGUGGCAAUCAAUCCCCCAUCUAGUUCUACCCAAAUUGGAGGCUCGUUCCAGUUCCCUUGAUAGCACAUUCUUUACGUUUAGGUGAAUCCAUUCAAUGAUAUUCCUUUAUUUAUUCUUUUUUCCGUACAAGCUGAUUGCUGGUGAAAAACCUAGGCAUGUUCUAUAUCAUGUGCCUGUUGGAUAUACUUUAGCAGUAACUUGCAGCAAUUUUAGUGAGGUUGGGUGGGAUCCAGUGAAUAAACUGGUUUCGCUGCUGUUUUGUUCUUACUGUAUGAUGUUUACAUGGAGUAUUCAAUAGCUCAUGAUUUUUUUUUAUUUUUUAUUUUUUUAUCUAAGAGAUUUUGGAUUCAAAUCCUAAUAUUUGUAAUCAUUCUUUUUCUGUUCUUAAUAUUUGAAAAUAUUCAUGAAUAAGUUUCUUAUGACACCAAAUUAGUUGUUUAAUGGAUAAAUUAAUGUUUGUAAAUUUAUUCAUUGAAAGUUUUGGUAUGUAUACAACAAUUAUUUCAAAUUCAUUGACAUGCACCAUGAUUAGUUUUGAAACAUUCUAAUGCAAAAAAAUAAAUGAAGUUUAACACCGUUUAGUCAUGGUUUCCCCCUCCAGCUACUCUGCUUAGUUUCCUGCUUCAAUCACUGUUGUUUAACCAUGCCUCAUGCAGCUCUAGGUUUUUCACCUUUUCUUUUGCACAUUUUACGUCUUUACUUUUAUGUCUUCACUUGAAUGUGUAUUAUUACUUUGACCCUCAUUAUGUAUUAAAUUUAGAGUCUAACCA